CCAUUUCUCUCUUCUAAAAAUUCCCCGUUACUUAGUAAGCAUCCAACAUGUUCCGUUGGCGGCCGUAUUGGAAGCAGCAAGAUUAAUUAAAAAGCACUCUUUUCUCAUUUUUAUUUGAAACUCCCCUGUUUAUGAUUUUACUUUGAUCAAAUCUCCUUCCUCUGCUUCUUUCUCACGUCACAUAUAUUCUCUCUCUUUGGACACUUAUAAAUAUCAUCUACAACUUAAACCCUUUUCCUUUAUUACCACCAAUUAUAUCAUUCCCCCUCCUUAUUCAUUUUGUUAUCUUUCUUCUCCUCCUUUUUGUUUUUUCUCUGCUUUUCCUAAUAAUAUUAAUUUUGAGUUAUGGGAGAUCAUAACAAUGUCAAUCUUCCUCCUGGUUUUCGAUUCUAUCCCACAGAUGAAGAGCUUGUUGUUCAUUUCCUUCAUCGUAAGGCUUCCCUUUUGCCUUGCCAUCCCGACGUCAUCCCCGAUCUCGAUCUCUACCCCUAUGAUCCAUGGGACCUCACAGGUAAAGCUUUGGAGGAAGGGAAUCAAUGGUACUUCUUCAGCAGAAAAACUCAGAACGAAAGGGUUACGAAUAAUGGGUAUUGGAAAGCAAUGGGAAUUGAGGAAGCUGUUCUCUCAAGCUCCGGUAGAAGAGUUGGAACAAAGAAAUACUUGGUGUUCUACCUGGGGGAAUCUCCUUCCGGCAUUAAAACCAAUUGGAUAAUGCAUGAAUAUCAUCUCUCAGAUUCUGCUUCUUCUUCCUCAUCAAGAUCAUCAUCCAAAGGAAGAUCAACCAAAAAAAUAGAUUAUAGUAAAUGGGUGGUUUGUAGAGUGUAUGAGCGUGAUGAAGAUGAUGAUGGAACAGAGCUUUCAUGCUUGGAUGAAGUUUUCUUAUCUCUUGAUGAUCUUGAUGAAAUUAGCUUGCCAAAUUAGAUUACAAGUUCAGUGAAAGAAAACUGCAAAAGGAAGCCAAAAAAAAAAAAAAGAAGAUCCAAGAAUGGUCUUUUUAUAUAUAAAGCAAGUUAGCUACCUUUAUCCAGAUGUAGAAGAAGUUGUUCAUUAUUUCUUCAACUAAAUUGUUGUAACCAAGUGCUCUCCUUGUACUUUGCUAAUGGUAUUAUUAUUAUUAUUAUCAA